GAAGUUUUAUUCCUUAAAAUUUGAAUGAAGUUUAGUAUAUUAAAGAUUUGAAAAGGAGAUUUAAAGAGAAGUGUAAGAAAGUGUGUAUUACUGGUCGCACGUGCAGAAGUGGGAGGGUCAAAGACCAAAACACAAGUUCAUUUAAAGAAUUCAAAGGGGAGACCGGGAAGAGAUGGAGAAAGAGAAGGGUGGGGGUGGGGAUUUAUGGAUAGGAUCGGCUGGUAGGGUCCAGGUGCUGACCAUAUUGUCGACCGUCAAUUUCCUUUAUGACUGCACCAGCUGAGCCCAACCUUUUUUCCCUUAGCCGACAUUCACCACCUCUUCAAUGCUGACGCGAGCAGUGACACCUUAACUCUCUUCUCCUUAAUUGGAUCUCUCUUUUUCCUUCACCCCCAUGGCGUUCCAUUAAUUAAAUAUAAUAAUAUGAUCUGAUGCUUACCUUUACCUUCUAGAAGAUGGAGAAUGGAUACUACCUCCCCCACGUGUUUCCUUCUUCUCUAUAAAUAUCUCUCUUUCUCUCUCACAAAAUUCCCCAAUUCCCACUCGCCGCUCAUCGGAGUAGAUCAAGAUUAGCCUCUUCCACCGCCACCGUAAAUCAACUAACACAGAAAGAGAUAUAGGCUUUGAGGCCAAGUGUAAAAAGAACAGCAGAGCAAAGCGCUAGCAAAUGACCUUAGCUGGGCUCGUGUUACCUCCAGGCUUCAGAUUUCACCCUACUGAUGAGGAGCUAGUCCUUCACUACCUCUGCAGAAAGUGCUCCUCUCAACCCAUCGCCGUUCCCAUCAUCAAGGAGAUUGAUCUCUACAAAUACGAUCCCUGGCACCUCCCUGAAUUGGCCGUCUGUGGUGAAAAGGAGUGGUAUUUCUUCUCCCCCAGGGACCGUAAAUACCCUAACGGCUCCCGCCCCAACCGCGCCGCCGGAACCGGCUACUGGAAGGCCACCGGUGCUGACAAACCCAUCGGCCGCCCCAAAACUCUUGGUAUCAAGAAGGCACUCGUCUUCUACGCCGGAAAGGCCCCCAGGGGCGUCAAGACCAAUUGGAUUAUGCACGAGUAUCGCCUUGCUAACGUCGAUAGAUCGGCUGCCAACAAAACCAACAACUUGAGAUUGGACGACUGGGUGCUAUGUCGUAUCUACAACAAGAAAGGUUGUAUAGAAAAACAUUACCAAUCCACCGACGACAAGGCAGCCGAAUUCCCUGAUUUCGAGGAUGAGAAACCCAAUAUUACCACCAACAACGACAUGGUACAACUCCCUAUCCACAACCAGUUGCAAAUGGAGACCUCCGACUCCGUCCCCAGAAUGCACACCGAAUCCUCCAGUGGCUCGGAUCCCGUGACGUCGCCGGAGCUCACCUGGGAUAAGGAGGUCCAAAGUCAAUCCAAAUGGGAAGGAGAAGGAGGAGGAGAAAGAGCAGCAGUAGCUGAUUUCGACUUCUUUGAGUUCAAUUACAUGGAUUCGUUCUCUAUGCCAGAGGACGUUCCAUUUGGAAGCCAGGUUCAGUUCCAGAUGGACCAUCUGUCGCCAUUACAGGACAUGUUUUCUUAUCUACAGAGGCAGAUUUAACCACCGCCGCCGCCGCAGAAGCAGCAGCGGUAAAGGCAUAGACUAAGGGGAUGCAUUCAACCCCGUCGCCAGGCUUCAUCUCUCUACCAUAUAUAAAACAUAUUAUUCAUAUUUUUAUACAACGGUUAGCAAAUUCUUUGAUAAGCCGAAACCAAUAUGCCCAGAAAGUAUUGUUUGUGUGGGUCUCUCCUCUUCUCUUCCUUUGUUGUAAUGAAGAAUGUAGUUGAUUAGAAGAAAAUUGAGCUCUGCUUCCAAAGUUGAUUGAACUUCGAUUCAUCCUCCUCAACACAAAACCAAGAGGAGCGAUGGUAGAGACAUUACAAUUUGCCAACACAGGCCUUAGUCCUGACACCACGACCCACUAGUCAUUUAAGCAUUGUAUAUUCCCAACGCUGCCUGCAAUCAACGAAACCAAAUAGUGCUGCACCAGUCAUGGAUGUGAAGUCUAACUCAUCUCAUCUUUGUAAUUCCAAAAGCAGAGUUGAUAUAAAAAAAUGUCACUUCUAAUUCUAUUACUUCA